UUCCUCCUCCUCCCGCAGCAGGUUUCGCUUUGGGAAGACCAGAGACAAGCCUAUUGCCAGCCAGCCUACUGUUGCGCCGAUGCGGAGAGCACCGCGCGGUGGACAGUCAAUCGCAAUGCAAAAUAUGAACGCACUGUAGGCUACUACGGUUCUUCAACAACAACAAUAACAGAGUUUUCCGCACGGAUAGCACGCUUCCUUACUGCUAAAGGAGGAUUUUUUCGGUUGGGUUUGCGCGUUUGGAGGGAAAAUGCCCUUCUGCAAGCGCACAAUAGUUCCCAAGGAUGUCUGUAAAAACGACGCGAAGAGGCAAACUGCGAUUUUCGGGGACUUGGUGGACGUUUGCGGGUUCACUCUAUGCUCGGUGCUCCGACAGCUCUCGGAUUUAUCCCGGCACUCCGUCAGCAUCUUGGAAGAGCUCGAGGGCGAGCUCGUGUCUAUCUGUCACCGGUCGGGCACGCUCGAGGGCAAAGUGAUCAGUUUACAGCGACACAUCGCUGCGCUCGCCAGUAAGCCACCGCCAAAGAUCAACACCAACUUGGACGCGGAGUCGAAGCGUAGUGCGGCUUCGUCGUCGACGGCACAUCGGCCCACUUCCGGUCUCCAUGGCAACAGAGCUGAAUGUUUGGCUCGUGGAGCAGGCGCGACUUGUGUUCAGGAGCUCCAUCAGGAAGCUCAGCUUAAACCUGCCAGAGCCUGCUGCAAGAAUUAA